AUGGUGAAAACUCCACAAAAAAAAAUAGUUCGUCCAUUCCUUGUUAGAUUCAGAAAACAAGAUCAUGGGGAUAAGAUAAACCCAUUCUUUCACAUCCAUCCUGACGCAAGGCACAUAUUAUUCGUAUGA